AAAUUAUCCUUAAAGUUAGGGCUAAGAAAAUCACAGAUAUUUGUUCUCCAUCAAAGAUGUAUAACGGAAUCGGGCUACAAACGCCGCGAGGCUCCGGCACUAACGGCUACAUCCAAACGAACAAGUUCUUCGUAAAACCUAAGACGAAUAAAGUCCUUGUAGAUGGCGGCCUCAAGGGUUACGAAUCCGGUCAAGGAACCGCCGGAGUAUCGAGAGGAGCGAAUAAGGAUAUAUUGGAGCAUGACCGGAAACGGCAGAUUGAGCUUAAGCUUCUUGUGCUUGAAGAGAAGCUUGCUGAUCAGGGUUAUACUGAUGCUGAGAUUGCUGACAAACUUGAUGAAGCCAGACGGAAUCUUGACAAGGUUUCUGAAGAUUCUGGUGGAUCUACUUAUGAGAAGGUUUCGGAAACACAAACACACCAGAUUGCUGCUAUAAAAGAAAAGCAGAUGGAAACCUUAAAAGCUGCCCUCAGGAUAGGGGCUGAAUACGAGACUCAAAAGAAGCAGCAUGAUGAUUUAGCUCAUGCUGAAGAGAGUGAAGAUGGAGAUAAUGACCUGGGAAAAGAGAAGGAUGAGGGUAAGCGUCAUAAGAAAAAAGAGAAGAAAAAAGAGAAGAGGAGAGAACGUGACGAUUCUUCUGACACUGACAGCAGUGGAAGCGAUGCCAAAGAGUCUAAGAAGAACCGUAAAAAGACUCAUGCUAGUUCUGACUCUGACUCUGAUACUGCUGGUGAUAAUAAGUCACGAAAAUUGUCCGUCAAGGACAAGAAGGACAAGAAGGUUAGAAGGCGUCAUUAUAGUGAUGAUUCAUCCUCUGAUUCUUCAUCAGAUUCUGAUUCUUAUUCAGAGUCUGAUCAUGAGAAGACACAUGUGAAAGCCCAUAGGAGACAUUCUGAGGGUGGUGAUGAUGGCCGUGAUGCAAAAACCAGUAAGUUUCAACGUCCUAGAAGACAUGAUUCUGAUGAGGAUGACUGUGAAAAUGACCGUGAUGUUAAAAACAAGAUGAUUCAGAAAGAGAAAAGACAUGUUACUGAGGGUAAGUAUGAUGAUGGUCGUGAUGCUAAAAACAGAAAGUCACAAAGAGGUAGAAGACACGAUUCUGAUGACAAUGGUAGUGAUCUUGAUGUAAAAAGCAGGAAGAUUCCAGAAGGAAGAAGAUAUAGUACUAAGGCUGAGUAUGAUGAUGCCUGUGAUGCAAAAAGCAAGAAGUCACAAAGAGGUAGAAGACAUGAUUCUGAUGACGAUGAUGAUGGUACUGAUCGUGAUGUUAAAAGCAGGAAGAUUCAGGAAGGGAGAAGACAUGUUUCCGUGGGUGAGUAUGAUGAUGGUCGUAAUGCUAAAAACAAGAAAUCCCAAAGAGGUAAAAGACAUGAUUCUGAUGACGAUGUUGAUAGUAGUGAUCGUGAUUUAAAAAACAAGAAGAUUCAGAGAGGGAGAAGGUAUGGGUCUGAUGACAGAGGGUACGAUGAAGGCUAUACUGCAGCUAAGAGUAAGACUCGAAAAAGUAAACAAUACAAUUCUGAUAAGGACGAAGGUGAAAUCAGCAGUAGUGACGGCAUCAGUGAUUCAGACAGUGAGAGAAGUUAUCAUAGGCGGAAGGCUGUAGAUAAGACCAAGUCUGAGAAGAUCAAUAGAAGUGGUCGGGGAGAUGAUUCUGGUGGUAGGCGGGAGAGUUCGGUUGUGGAAGAUAGGGCAUUUCAGGAGGAUGAUUUGAAAAAGGCAGAAGGUGCACAAGUUCUUGAUAAAGGACUGGACACGUUAAAGAAAUUGGAGAAGUUGUAUCAAGCAAAGGAAGAUGUGAUUGGCGGAUCAAGUGCUAGUCAGGAGUUGUUGAGGGGUAAGAGAAAACUAGACGAUGAAAGCUUGAAUCAACGUGAGGGGAAGUCGAGGAGGAGGGGUUCUGGAAAAGAAGAAAAGUAUGGAAGGGCUACUAGUACUGAAACUGAGAACCAAAAUAGGUCAUACAGGAGUACGGAAGAUAGGAGUAAAGAUCAACAGGCAAGAAGAUCUGGGGGAGAAUAUGAAGUUGAUGAAAAAGAGCGUGACAAUAAAAUUCAGAGUGGUAACGAGCUGCAGCAUGAAAGCCGACGGGAGAAUCGAGAUUAUGAAGUGCGUGGACAGGAGAGAAAAGGAAGUAGGGAUGAUGAUCGCUGGGAAAGGAAACACAAAAGAGAUGAAGAGGAAGAUCAAUACCGGAAGCAUGAGAAAGAAGGGGAUUCUCUGCGUGGAAGACAUGAACAGGAGGAGGAGCAUAGAAGCAGAACGCGUGACAGCUACAGAGGUCAUGAUUCUUACAAGAGGGCUAGACAUGAUGAUUCACAUUCUAGUGGAAGGAGAAGAUAUGACGAUGACAAGUAUGCUGAUAGGCAGACUAGGCGGUGAAAGCUGCUUUAGAUUUUGUCAUGCCAGAAGAUCAAGAGUUUCAGCAGCUCAGUGGAGGGGAAGAAGUGGCUGAUGUUCAGAAAACAAGCAUAAAGAGGCAAAGCUUGGUUAAGCUUUCUAGUGUCAUAUGUAGAGAUGUGAGCUUUCUACAAAGGGAUGUGUGUGGGGUUAGUUCUUGAAAUACUUCUAAGCAUAGCUAAACGGGAUUUUCCUGAUGACCCUGAUAUUGUUGUGCAAGAGAUAGCUGUAAUAACAAGUAAUGCUUUCUCUUUUGUUGCCAUUCGUCGACUCUUUAUGUCUUCUUAUUUGUGAGUGUGAGUGACAUUUGCUUACUCUGUGAAGUAAGGUGCCAGGUCCAUGUAUAACAUGCAUGUUUUCCUUAGGGUGAAUUUUGAUUGCAAUGCCUUCCCAAUCGUGAUGUA